AUGCAUCCAUGUAUUAUUUAUCCUCGUUUAACAUCAGUGAACAACAAGGAUAAUUACAACCUCUUCAGAAAAUGUCAAUGUGUACUCUUAGCGUUGUGGUAUAUCGAAUUAAAAAAAACAACUAACAUUAAUUAUCGAAGAAAACGGCGAUGGUGGGUCCGGCCUAUUAAUCAAAAGCGUAAUCACCAAGGUGAUGGUGAUCAUUUAAUUCAUGAAAUGCGACUUUACGAUGUAGAGGUUCAUUUCCAAUACACGCGUCUUACCGUUGAAGGCUUUGACAAUUUAUUACGUAUAGUACAGCCACAUAUAGAAAAGAUGCCAACAAAUUAUCGGAAACCUAUACCAGCACGUAGCAGACUAUAUUUAACAUUGAGGUUUUUGGCUACUGGAGACACUAUGUCUUCAAUUGCCUUUGCUUAUCAAGUUGGACAAAAUACUGCUUGUAAGAUAAUAUCAGAGACAUGCGAAAGUCUGUGGAAUGUUCUUCAAAACGAACUGUUUCAACCAUCUGAAAGUGAAUGGAAAAAAGUUGUAAAAGAAUUCGAAAAUGAUUGGAACUUUCCGCAUUGUAUUGGAGCUUUAGAUGGUAAACAUGUAAAUGUAAAGGCUCCACCACAUUCCGGUUCGACCUUUUAUAAUUAUAAGGGAAAUCACAGCAUUAGUUUAAUGGCAAUAGCAUCAGCACGCUAUAAAUUUUUAAUGGUAGAUAUAGAUGGAGAAGGUCGACAUAGUGAUGGAGGAAUUUUUAAAAAUUCUGUCAUGGGUUAUAGAUUCCAGCAUAAUCAAAUGUAUAUACCAUCUCCAACCCCAAUUAUUGAAGGAGGAGAACCUAUGUCUUACAUGUUGAUUGCAGAUGAAGCCUUUCAAUUAAAUAAUUACGCAUUACGACCAUAUCCAGGGAAAACAUUGACUAAUGAACAAGCAAUUUUUAAUUAUCGAUUGAGUCGAGCACGAAGAGUUAUAGAAAAUACAUUUGGUAUUAUGGUGGCACAAUGGACUAUUUUAGCAAAAAAGAUUACAACAUCUCUAAAAACAGCUGAAAGUAUCGUAAAAGCUUGUGUAAUUUUGCAUAAUUAUUGUAUGGAUAAAGUAGGAUAUUGUAGCAAAGGUUUUGCUGAUGAACCUCGUCGUAAUAAGGAACCUACUUCUGGAGAAUGGAGAACAGUGAUACAAAACAAUUGUGGCUUAGCAUCAUUACAAAAUGAUGGUAGUAAUACUCAUUCUCGCCAAGCAAAUGCCAUAAGGGAAAAUUUUAAAAACUAUUUUCUAAAUGAAGGAGCAGUUUCUUGGCAAUGGGAUUUCUGCCACAGAUGGUAA